AUGGGACUCUCACUGUUGCUGGGCAACCGUGUAGCUGCGGAGCAACUCGCUGCUCAGUUUCAGGCGCAGCAAGCGCAACAGCUCCAGAGUGCCAAGUUCGGUGGUGCCUUCCCAGCGCCCAAGCUGCCCAUCAACAUGGGCGCACAAGGCCCGGGUGGCAGCUGGCCAAAUAUGCAAGGAGGGAUCCAAGGCGGUAUGACACAGCCGGGCAUGUCUAAUGGCUUGCAGCCAAGCGUGGGCAUGAAAGGCGGUGCUGGUGGCAUGCGGCCGAACUGGACCAGCAUGCCGCAGUACGGCCAAAACCUGCCACCGGGUCAAACACAAGGCGGGGCACAGUCAUUUCCGCAGCAAUACGGCGUGCGGGGCGGCAAUUCCACCUUGCAGAGAUCGAACAGCUAUGGUAAUGGAGGCAGUGGUCCGCAGGUGGUGCUCCCACCGCCCGGCGGACCCGGCGCGCUGCCGCCGCCGGGGGCUCCGCUGGCUCCGCCUGGGCCUCCGAACACCCCGGCGCCUCCUGCGCCUGCGCCUGCGCCGCAGCCACCGCUGCAGUAUGGGCAGUUUGGCUUACCCAGCCGAAACAGCCAUCAGCGUGGCGCAGCGCCUCCGCCCCCACCACCGCAUCCUAACUGGAAGCCGGGGCAGCCACCGCCGCCACCAGGUCCAGGGCCACCUGUGCAAAAGCCUGGAGGAACUCUGGAGGCUGCUAUGCAGGCCGCUGCCAUGUUGGGCGCAGCUGCACCUGGAAUGCUGGAGGCAACCUCGGCUAUUGACUUCUCCAGCAAACUCGAGGACUUGCGGCGAAAGCACCCUCAGGUGAAAGUGCCCUCAGAUGCCUGGACAUGGAAGCCAGAGGAGCUGGAAGCCUGGUUCGCCAGUGGCGGCACCACCAAGGUGGGUGCCCAAGUGAAGGAGCAGCCCAAGGAAACCGCGAAGGAACCGCCCAAAGAGCCGCAGACCCCGCGGAAGCGGAGCCACGGCGAGGCUUUUGGUUUCGACAUCCAAGAAACCCUCCAACUUCAGCAGCAACUCUUGACCAGCUUUUCAGAGACAGACUUCCAGGAGAACUUAAAGCAACUCCAAGCACAACAUCCCGAGCGCAAGACCAAGGGCCAUUAUGAUAGUGCGGCCUACUUGGAGGCCGGGCUGGGCAAGGUUCCUUGGGGGCGGGUGAAGCACCGCAGGCACCCCGUGCGAGUUCUUCUCGCAUGGUUCACCUCGAGGCGCUGCCGCUCGUCACCAGCGGUGUGCGGAAAAGAUCCCAGUUCUCGGCUGCGCUCGCAGCUCCGUGCUGUCAGGUCGGCCAUCUGGGCCGUCCACAGACGUUCCCAGGGAAUGAUGAGCGCAGAGGACGUUUCAGAGAUCGGCCAGGCGAAGGCUAAGGUUAAGACGGUUGAGGCAGUUGAGCAGUGA